AUGAAGUGGUUUUUCAUAUAAUAUUAUAAUGUCACCAAAGUACAUGUAAAACUUACGGCUUUUGACCUACGUCCUCUAAUCUGUUAAUAAACAGAAUGCACUAGAUAUACUUGAGUUAGUUCUUGUACUUGUUUUCGUAGAAACUAAAAUGAAACUUACAAAAUCAUCCGUGAUUUUCAUUGUUUUAUCAUAUCUAAUAGUUACUCUAUUAGCUCAAAUAAUCAAUGAUACAGCUGACACAGAUUCAACCACAACAGACUUAACCACUACUGAAUCAAUUACUACGGAUUCAACUACAACAGAAUUAAGUACAACAGACUCAACCACGACAGAAUCAACCACAACAGGGUUAACUACAACUGACUCAACUACAAUAGAAUCAACUACAGCAGAGUUUACCACAACUGACUCAACUACAGCAGAACCAACCACAGUGGAUGCAACCACAACUGAAACAUCUACAACAGAGUUAACCACAGAUUCAACAACAACCUCUUCAACAGAAACAUCAAAUUCGUUCAAAUGUUACGGAAAAAGUUGCCCAUCUGGUACAAUAGGUUGUAGAAGGAUAGCGAAAACGGUGAACAACAGAAACAACAUAAGUAUAACAAUUUGUUGUUUGGAUUUUAAUGGAAGAUCUUUAAAAAAUUUUACAACAACGAGUGUUAAUCCAAAGAAAACUACUAAUACAAUUUCUCAAAUGUUUUUUGUGCAUCAUACUGGUAGAACGAAUAUAAAUUAUAAUGAUAGAGGAAUUUCUAUUAUUAUAAAAAGAAACUAA